UCGGAGAGCCGGAGUUGGCUGGGGCACGGCGAGGCGGACGGUGGCCGGCGGGGCCGGGCCCGGAGGCGGCGGCGAUGGAACUCAGGAUGAAGCGGCGAGCGUCUGACAGAGGAGGUGGGGAAACAUCCGCCAAGGCUCUCUGCACUGGGAUUUCCAGCCACAAUGCCAAGCGGGCCGGGCCUUUCAUUCUUGGGCCCCGCUUGGGCAACUCCCCAGUGCCUAGCAUCGUCCAGUGUUUGGCAAGAAAAGAUGGAACUGAUGACUUCUACCAGCUCAAGAUCCUCACUUUGGAGGACAGGAAUGACAAAGGCACAGAAACCCAGGAGGAACGUCAGGGCAAGAUGCUGCUCCAUACUGAGUACUCCCUUCUCUCCCUUCUGCACAACCAGGAUGGGGUGGUCCACCACCAUGGCCUUUUCCAGGACCGAGCCUGCGAGCUUGUUGAAGACUUGGAAUCCAACCGGAUGGUUCGCAAAAUGAAGAAGCGCAUCUGCCUGGUGCUGGACUGCCUCUGCGCUCACGACUUCAGCGACAAGACAGCUGACCUCAUCAACCUCCAGCACUACGUCAUCAAGGAGAAGCGCCUCAGCGAGCGGGAGACAGUGGUCAUCUUCUAUGACGUCGUGCGGGUGGUGGAAGCUUUACACAAGAAGAACAUUGUGCACAGAGACUUGAAGCUGGGCAACAUGGUGCUGAACAAAAGGACUCACCGAAUCACCAUCACAAACUUCUGCCUCGGCAAGCACCUGGUGAGCGAAGACGAUCUUCUGAAGGACCAGCGCGGGAGCCCAGCCUACAUUAGUCCUGAUGUACUUAGUGGUCGGCCCUAUCGGGGGAAGCCCAGUGACAUGUGGGCCCUGGGGGUGGUCCUGUUCACCAUGCUGUACGGGCAGUUCCCCUUCUACGACAGCAUUCCUCAGGAGCUCUUCCGCAAGAUUAAGGCUGCCGAAUACACCAUCCCAGAAGAUGGGCGGGUGUCAGAAAACACAGUCUGCUUGAUCCGAAAGCUGCUGGUUUUGGACCCUCAGCAGCGCCUGACGGCCUCCGAGGUGCUCGACUCGCUCAGUUCCAUCAUCGCCUCGUGGCAGUCCCUGUCCUUGCUGAGUGGACCCUUGCAGGUUGUACCAGAUAUCGAUGACCAGGUGGCCAGUCCAGAAAACGCACACGAGGCCAAGGUGACUGAAGAGUGCUCUCAGUAUGAGUUUGAGAACUACAUGAGGCAGCAGCUGAUGCUGGCGGAGGAGAAGAACACGCUUCAUGAGGCCAAGAACUUCCUCCAAAAGCGCCAGUUCGGAAACAUCCCACCGGUGCGCCGCCUGGGCCAUGAUGCGCAGCCCAUGAAUCCCCUUGACGCGGCUAUCCUGGCCCAGCGCUACCUGCGGAAGUAGUUCCUCAGCCGUCCGGGGCUUGUCCACCACUCACCUGACACGGCACAACAAGAGCCGGGUGCUGGAGAUCGCCAAUCAUGUAGCAAGUCUUCCCGUGCUUUCUGAGCGCCGGCAGGGCAAGGCGGAGCUCAUCUGGGAGGAGAUGGCUGACUCUGCUUUUAACCGUGACUCUGAAAUCUACCUCUGUCUUUUUUUAACCACACUGUUCUCUGGACUAGACUGAACGGAGCGUUUUUGGCAAAGGGUGCCGCAGCUUCUUUUCUGACGCAAAUGUUGGACUGCAGAGAGCACAUGGGGUUGCAUCUCUGCUCCGUAUGGUUUGAAUAAGCUUAAUCGUUUCCCCCCUCCCUCCCUCCCUCCCUCCCUCUGGGUUUCAUGAAAGUAACUAUUUCUUAGAAACCACCCCCUCUACAGUCCUCUUCCAAAUUGUCCUGUUUUUAAUUUAACGCCUGAUUUGAAGAUAACUGUUCUAUAAAUGGUUUCAGAGCCCUGUGUGACCACAGAGUUGGCCACUGGUCAUCUUUACACCAGUCUUUUCAGGGCAAGAAGCAUUGCAUGUGACUUCUGACCCAGGUGAGAGAGCUUCACCCAGGGCUGUUAAAUUCCACUUUUUCUGGAGCACCUCCCCCAACCACCUAAAUCUUUUGUGCAUCCUUUUGACUUUUGUGUUGGGAUUUUUUUUUUUAAUCAGUAGCUUACGGAAGGUGCAGUAACAUUGCAUUAAUUCUGCUGCUGCCUGCCACAGUGGUAUGGCUGAAGGGGUAAAUCUAUGAUAAUGUGAACAUUUUUCUCCCUCUUCCUGCCCACCCUCCCAAUAUGAUGUCUGGGAUUCAGAAAGGCCAGCUGUUUCCCCUGCUUGUGGGUUGCUUUUUCUUGCCAUUGUCGCCUUCUCUGUGUGCUUCCCUGUUGGCACUCUUGAGGGGGGGAAACUCCCCAGCCGCCUCGUGCCUGGCAGGUUACGCAGAGAACUGGCCCGUUCACUUCUAAGCCUCGUUCUAGGAACUGGAUGCCUUUCUUGCCAAGUAAGCUGCUUGCAGGCAACUCUCCUUGGGCUGUGCUGCACCAUCUCCCCUCCCCUCCCCCAUACACCCCAGCUUAGGCCUGAUUUAAAGGUGAUGCAGACGCAGCAGAAGUGCUCCCCUGUGGAACUCUGCACUGGCAUGGGGCCUCAUUUGCACUGGGCUGCUACUAUUGCAAAGUAGUGAUGGCUGCAAGCAGCCCGGUUCAAAUUGUAAGCUGCCUUGAACCACACAGAAAGGUGGGGGGGGGGGAGGAUAUGAAUGUUUUAAUAAAUAAACGAGAGGCUACCCCAGUGCAGAGCAUUUUUGCCUUGUCUGCAUAGUCUUUAAACUGAGCCAUUGUCUCCUCUGACCUUGUUGUUUUUAUUUUUCUGGCACCCGGCCACAGUGCUGGAUCCCGACAGGGACAGGGUAGCAAAAGCUGGUUCAGACUGAGCAAGGGAGCAAGACAAGUGAGAGAUUUCUUGGGCCAGGAACUGGCCAGGGAGCUACGCUGCAACAUUAAUCAUUUGCAGUGGGAGGGGGCCGAGCUGUGCAUUGACUUCCUCCAUCUGGCUUCUGUGGCUUCAGUAUGCAGGAAUGUUUUCCUUCUAAUAUAAACCACAUAGAGAUUCAAACGCUGAGGCUAGAUACUUUAGAAUAAAAAAUCUGUAAGUUCUUACGGUGGCAGGCUGCCUCGGGGGCCAAGGUACAUGCUGCUGCUUGGUCCGGUCUCUGGCUUUUUCACCAUUGCCACAGUGCCCAUUCAGAAUCGCACCUUUUCUUGCUGGGCUAGCUCCCGGCUAGGCUGAAUUGGGGAGGCCCCCGUGUCUUAACCUAUGGGCACAAACUUUGGCUGUAAGUUGCAUUACUUAGGAAGCACUAAGCAGCAGGUGGUUCCUUCAUUAUUAAAAUUCAGUUGGUAAUGGAUCAGUGAACACUAGUAUCUUGGCCCUGGUGGCGGGUGUAAGGAGAGGAGGAAGCAGCCUUGGCCAGUAAUUAACAAAGCCCUGCUCUAGAACUUCUCCCAGCUGAAUCUAGAGCCUUGAAAUCUCGAUGGCAGUCUGCCUCCAUCACUCUUCCUUGUGGUAGCAGAAUACCCCCUCCCAAAAUACAGGAGAAGAUGCACACACACACACACACACACACACACACCCAUUUUCUCACUCCAAGAGUGAGCUGCAUGUUAGUACAUGUUGCCAACUGGAUCAUGUUUGAUGCAGGGCUGAUAUUAAAUCGACCCAGUCUGUACUAAGCCUGGGUUGAGAAGGAGCUUUGGAGGUAUGUACACGAAGCCCAUGUUGAGAAAAGGCUUGGGAGGUCAGUGACACACUUCUUCUGCUGCUAGUUCCAUGAGACCUCACACCUUAGCCCAGGCAAUGUUUCCUGAACAAGGGUGGGAUCCAGGUUACUGUGGCUGGAGAAGGGUCCAGCUCUGGGUGCGGGCUGACUUGUCCCACCAUUCAGUGGAAUUGGCAAGACUCUGCCUGGCUCCCCAGACUGUUCCUGGGCCUUUGAAGGGGCUGCUUAGUCCCCCGCUUGAGAAAUCUCAAUCAUUUACGUUCAGGUUCUUGCUCGCCACCCUGUAGGCACGACAGCCUACAUUUCCUUGCCCUCUAUUUAACUCUUUCCUUCCCUAAUGUAGCUGGCUGUGUUUUGCUCUUCCCAAUUCCUCAAAAGAUAGCAAUACUUCAUGGACUGUGCAAAGCCGAGCGAUCUGCCCAUCUUUGACAUUGUAAUAAGCAAACUGGAAAAAAAGAUGGAAAGGAAUGGAGAGGGGGGAUGCAAUGGCAGGCAAACCGGUGUGAGCUAUGGAGUUUUGUUUUAGUGGAUUACAGGUUAGACAACAGACCGGAGACAAAGAUCCUAUUGUAAAAAUUGCAAAGAGAAUUUGUACAGAGACCUAUUUUUGUAUUACAUCCAACUAUUCCUGCAU